AUCCAAUACUCGCUGUGAGACACGCCAGCAAGUAUUGAUAUUUUAUGUAUGAUGUGAAUGGAGCAAUGGUGGCUGAAGAAUCGGAUGUUUUAUCACCGAGAAAACGUCGUCUGACGGCUGCCAUUUCGCACAUUCCGCCGGCGGCACUCACGGGAAUGUGUGAUAUUAUCGGGGCAGGGGAUAACGCGGAUGAAUCAAUGGAAGAUGACGAAGAUCCUAUGUUAAUGUUCAACUGGAAAAUUAUAAAUCCAAGUUGGCAACCAACGCUAUUUGAAAAGAAUCGUCGAAAUGAGCGUGAAGAAAUCCGCCGCAAGCUUGCAAUGGGUGAUGAAGAUUACUAUGGGGGUGAGAGAACACUCAAAAAGCCUAACCUCUCAACAAGGCUUCAAAGUGGCAUGAACCUCCAGAUUUGCUUCAUGAAUGAGGCCCACGAACAGAGUGAAGCUGAGGCAAAAUCCCCAAAUACAGCUGAGCCUACACAAAUUCAACCAGUUCCAGCUGUUCCAGAAAACACACCCCCUCCCAAACCACCAAGGUUAUCUCCAGAUGUAUUAGCAGACAGUUUACAAAUAGAACGGAAAGAGGGGGAGGAGGAAGAAGAUUUCUUGGCACGACAAGCUAAACUACAAGCAGAUGCUAGAAUGGCCCUUGCCCAGAUCGAUCCAAGAGAUUUUGCCACUAAAUUACAAGAAGAUGUUAAAAUGGCAUUAGCGCAGGCCCCUGCGAUGGCACAUAUGCAAUUACAAGUAGAAAAACAAGCCAAGAAAAAAUCACCAAUUGCUGAAAUGGUGGGAAUUCCUGGAUUCGGAGAUGGAAGGAGGAAAAAAUUGGAGCGCCACCUAUUGUUAGAUAUGAACAUCGCUCAAUUACAAGUCGUCGUAAAUGACUUACACACACAAAUAGAAAAUCUAAAUGAGCAGCUAAUGAGACUGUUGGUUGAGAGGGAUGACCUACAUAUGGAACAAGAUAGCAAAUUAGUUGACAUAGAAGACCUAACUAGGAGAUACCAAGAAUUGAAUGAAAAAUACAACACUCAAUUACAACAACAACAACAACAA